AUGGAGGCCGUGAUCCCUGACCGCACGCGGAUCGCGCCGGAGAUCGAGAAGCACGUGGCGGCGGAAGGCGACAGGGAGUCGGACCCCGCGCUGGCCUUGGAGCGGGAGCUUGAGCCGGUGGGGCGGUGGCAGGACGAGCUGACGGUGCGGGGCAUGGUGGCGGCGCUGCUCAUCGGGUUCAUCUACACAGUGAUCGUGAUGAAGAUCGCGCUGACCACUGGGCUGGUGCCCACCCUCAACGUCUCGGCCGCGCUGCUCUCCUUCCUGGCGCUCCGCGGUUGGACGCGCUUGCUGGAUCGCUUCGGCAUCGUGUCCCGCCCCUUCACGCGGCAGGAGAACACCAUCGUCCAGACCUGCGGCGUGGCCUGCUACACCAUCGCGUUCGCCGGUGGCUUCGGGUCAACCUUGUUGGGUCUAAACAAGAAUACCUACGAGCUGGCCGGCGACUCGCCGGGCAACGGGCCGGGGAGCUACAAGGAGCCAGGGAUUGGCUGGAUGACGGCAUUCCUCUUUUCUUGCAGCUUCGGGGGACUCCUCACCUUGAUCCCCCUUAGACAGGUACUGGUCGUGGACUAUAAAUUAGUUUACCCAAGUGGGACGGCAACAGCUGUUCUUAUAAACGGGUUUCAUACCACUCAAGGAGACAAGAACUCAAAGAAGCAAAUCCGUGGGUUCCUCAAAUACUUUGGGGGAAGCUUUUUAUGGAGUUUCUUCCAGUGGUUCUACACCGGUGGCGAUGUUUGUGGAUUUGUCCAGUUCCCGACUUUUGGUCUGAAGGCCUGGAAGCAGACAUUCUUCUUUGACUUUAGCAUGACAUACGUGGGAGCCGGGAUGAUUUGCCCACAUAUUGUAAAUAUCUCCACCCUCUUGGGUGCAAUUCUUUCUUAUGGAAUAUUGUGGCCACUCAUCAGUAAGAACAAGGGUGAUUGGUACCCUGCAAAUGUCAAAGAAAGCAGCAUGAAAAGUUUGUAUGGUUACAAGGCCUUCAUCUGCAUCGCUCUGAUCAUGGGGGAUGGACUCUACCACUUCACAAAAAUCAUUACCAUCACUUUCAAGGGCAUGUAUCGACAGUUUAUCCGUAAACGUGUUGACAAAAAAGUGAAAGAUGUGGACAAUACGGUCUCACUUGAGGAUCUGCAGCGCGACGAGAUCUUCAGGAAGGGCCAUAUCCCCGCUUGGAUGGCGUACACGGGGUAUGCUUUGUUAAGCGUCAUUGCAGUGGUUACCACGCCAAUAAUGUUCCGACAGGUGAAAUGGUACUAUGUGGUUAUAGCCUAUAUCGUCGCCCCCAUGCUUGGAUUCGCCAAUUCGUACGGGACGGGGCUUACCGAUAUCAACAUGGGUUAUAACUAUGGCAAGAUAGGACUCUUCGUCUUUGCCGGUUGGGCUGGCAGGGACAAUGGUGUCGUUGCAGGUCUAGUUGUUGGUACAUGUGUGAAGCAGCUAGUGCUGAUAUCUGCAGAUCUGAUGCAAGACUUCAAAACCAGUUAUCUCACUCAGACAUCACCAAGAUCCAUGAUGGUGGCACAGGCCGUUGGGACAGCCAUGGGCUGCAUUGUCUCUCCCCUUACGUUCAUGCUCUUCUACAAGGCAUUUGAUAUUGGCAACCCAGAUGGUACCUGGAAGGCACCGUAUGCACUGAUAUACCGUAAUAUGGCAAUACUUGGUGUGGAGGGCUUCUCAGUGUUGCCGAAGUAUUGUCUGGCACUCUCUGCUGGAUUUUUCGCAUUUGCUGCACUGCUCAGCAUAGCAAGAGAUGUCAUGCCACAGAGGUAUAGGCAAUAUGUGCCCCUACCAAUGGCAAUGGCAGUUCCAUUCCUUGUUGGAGGAAGCUUUGCUAUUGAUAUGUGCGUUGGGAGUUUAGUGGUUUUCAUCUGGAACAAGAUAAACAAAAAGGAGGCUGGAUUCAUGGUCCCUGCAGUCGCAUCAGGUUUAAUAUGCGGGGAUGGCAUAUGGACAUUUCCUUCUUCCAUACUUGCCCUUGCCAAGAUUAAACCACCAAUUUGCAUGAACUUUACACCUGCGCCAUAAUAGAGAAUCAUGUCAUUCAUGAACGUGGGGUGAAAUAUGAACAACAUGUUAUUUUAUUCCAGAUGCUUUGGUACGUGAGAUGU